UCUUUGUUAUCUGUGGUAGCGAAAUAUUGUAGAAUAUUGUACAGUGAACGAAUUGAAUAAAAGAGUGAAUGAAUGAAGAAGCCGGGAACACAAUACUUGAACUCAAGGUCUUGAUAUACCUAACUCUACGGUGAGCCGUGAGUGGUCUGUGGCACAGUGUAGAUUGUACAAAGUAUACGGCACAGAGCAUGUAAUUAUAGUAUACGGUACCGCGCAGCUGUGUUUUGUUUACAAAUUGCCGAAAGUUUAUUUAUGUACCCGUCCAUUCAUUAUCUACAAUUAAAUUGAAAUUAUACAGCACAUAAACAAAUAUACAUAAUAUUCCUGAUUUCAAAGCCAUUGAUUACACGAUGGCUCCACAUCCACCAGUCACGUUGUUGGGAGACACUCUAGGCCAACGGCACCGACACCUCAACUCGUUGGUGCGCGCGGCUGGAGAGAGUGGAACCACGGUCCAAGAUGUGGAAGCAGAACCCGAGCAGUCUGCAGUUGACCGACUGUUCAAGAUAGACUUGGCCGUCUCACUCAGAGACGCAGACUAUAUCCUACGGAACCUGAAACAUGAUGACUUGCUAUUUGUGAGCAGAGCUCUAAAGGCCCGGUGGCUGCUAGACCGCCAUGACAUCAUUAACCCUAAAUAUUUAGAAAACACUCUCUUCCCUGAAAUGAUUUUCCCAGCAGUCUCCAAGAUGAAGCACUGGCUGCACAUCAACCUGCGAGAUCCCGCCAAGUGCCAGGAGUUCUAUGAGUACUACAAACAGAACUCGUUUGAGUUCGCCAUAAAGUUCCUCAGCCACUGCAGUAAUCAUUUCAUACUGGAAGAGGUGCCCAAGAUAUUGACCAAACUGUCGCCUCACUAUUUAAAAGUUUUGUGCGAGAAAUGCCCCACAGUCGCUAAAAUAUAUUUUGAUUCGUUGGCGACACAAGACGAUGUUAAGAACCGUUACCUCGAUCAAGAACAGUCAUACUACAACAGUAUCAAAUGUAUAUUGAAAUCGGAUGCUGAUGUGUUUCUCGACAUCACGGAGAAGUAUUUCAAUAUGUUUACGAGAUUCAGUCCACUGGCGACUGACUACAUUGUGCAGAGACAUAGAUCUAGAGUCAUAAAUAAGUUGGGGCUGUACGUGGCCUACAUUUUACACAUCCCGACCCUUGCUGCGCGCCUCAGUGUCGACGAGUGCCAAGAAGUUGUGUUGCAGCUUGCGAGAGCCAGCUACGUAAAGCACUGGUUCCACUACAAAGCGGUAGAACCGCUCAUUAAGAGACUUCAUCCUCAAAAGAGAGCUGCUUUCAAAAAACGUGUAUUUGUUGAUAAAGACGUCGGUGAAUUAAUAGAAAAUUGGCCUUACGAGGUACCUACUUCUCCGGUACGACCUGACCUCAGUGGACCUCAUAUUUUUGAUGAUUAUGAUUUCGUGCCAGACAUUAUAGAACAACCUUGUUUUCCUGCGGGCGGGUGUUCUCUUAUGUCGACUGGUAUGGGUUUUGGGCUUGCAUGUGCUGAAAGUUGUUAUCAACCAAAUAAUUUUUUUAUGAAAAUAAGGACGGAUCUAGACCGACUGUUCGAUGAGUUUCGAUUUAUUGGAUUUGAUCGUGCAGUGCAUGAAUUGAGUCAACGUUUAAUUGCCACCGCUUCCCCAGAUAGACGACGUGAUAUUUUUUUGGUUUUGGUGAGCAAAACCGGCGGUCGUACAGACGCGGUGAAAAUCUUUUUGCAGCUCGCCUUGCGGCACGGUAAUGAGCCUGCACAUACACGAGCCGCUGUUAUCCGUAGUCUUGUGAAGCGAGCUGCCGUGUGGCGCCUCCCUGCUGAUGUUUGGCAACUUUUGUUAGACUACGGACAUGGGCUGGGGCUUGACGGUACGACGCCAGAAGCAGCGUGUCGCGAAGGAUUACAUGCUGUUGUAAUUCGCCAGUUAUUAGCUGGCCAGUGCGAACCAGCCAUUUGUGAUGCUUUUUCAAAAGAUUUUUCAACUUUGGCAGAGUAUUCUCUGAAGCCGGAUGAACGGGUAUGCGUCGCCACUAAUCUUCAAAAUUUGUUGGCAUCGACCGCUGUUGAUGUUGAACCUGCAGUUGCCGCACACCGCCUAAGACAGAUGUUAGAUGUGCUUAACGCAUUCCACGUCCGUAUUGAGGCAUCAUCACCUGUCGUGAAAGCUGUGUUGGCUUUAGCUCUCCAAGACAAGGAUGUUGCACGUCCUUUGCUGGAGCGACUUUAUAAUGCAAAGAUAGCGCGACGAGAGCUGCUGCGCCUAAGUAUGACGUUUAGGCGAGAUCAAGCAGCGCUAUUGAAUGCGUUGCGCCAUGAUCCGCUCGCGCUUGAGGUGGCACAAGUUGUUGAUAUCCUGUAUACACGCAAUACUAAAUUAGAUAGCUUUACUGCAAAGCUAGUAGUGUACUUCGACCAAAAGCAAGAUUUCACAACUCAACUCAAGAAUGCCAUAAAAGAAAAGAUUUUAAAGCCACCGGAAGACGCAUCCACCACUGUCGGCGAAUAUAAACGAACAAUAAAAAUGUUUCCACCACGCAAUCGUCGUCGUGAACCAAUAAGUAAUGACAUGUCAAAUCGUUCUCAAAUUACCAUAUUUCCGCCACAACAUCCGUCAUGGUUUCCACGACGGCCACGGAUACCUAUCUUUUGCGGUCUAAAAAUAAAAUUGAUUCGACCAUUAGCAAGUAUUAUCUGCCAGGAGUUAGAAUUAGAAAAAGAGUUAAAAGAGUUAGAUCAAGCGGGUGGCAAUUAUAUCAAGUUGGCGAUGGAGCUGAGAGCGUGUGGACAUCGCGCCCGUCCUAUAGUAAAUUUAGCGGAAUGGGGCUGGCGUAGGGCUGGAGUGAAAGCUGUGGCAACGCGAGCGAUGCGCUGUCGUGAAAAAGAAAGAGCUGAGUUUAUCCGCACAUUAGCGGCAGAGCGGCGUACGGUUCAGGUGGCCCUAGCACUCAGUUUGCGCUCCGAAGGAGGACCAGUGCAUGACACCGUCACGUCGCUUGCGAAGCUACGUCCCGCGGCAGCUCUGCGGGCUGGGUUGCAGUAUUUCCGUCAACGAGGCGCCAGUGCCGACUUAGGUGUAUGGGAUAUCAUUAAACCUUUGCUGUCCACGGUCAACCUAGAACUUCGUGAACGACUCCGUCGUUUACUAGGAAAUACUCACUGGAUUCCAUCUCCCAUUAGGGCUGAUUACUGUAUCAAUGUUUACCUUGUCAUUAAUAAAAUGUCUAGGUCGGUUGGUGUAAACAUUCUCAAAGAGCUGUACAGAAUUUUACCAGAAGCUGAUAAGUCAAUCGAUAAAGUAUUGUUAGACAUUUUGGACAAUACCCAGGGAAUGACGCCGGCCUUUUUUAUACGAUAUUUGAUGCUAUCUGUGAAUGACGAGGAUUUGGAAAAAAGGCUACUUAAAAUUGGAAACCGAUUUCUAGAAUACUUAAAUACUCUACGCCGUGAGGAACAUGGAGAAUUUCAUAGAAGAUUUAAUCAAAUCUUAGUGAGUUUACCAUAUAAUGCCGCUUUCUUGGACAGUAAGUACUCGUGCUGUUUGAAAGUUUUCGAAAGAAUUUUGGAUUGGAUGAAUACAUUUAUGACGAAAGAACGAAAUUUUAAAGUAUAUACACAGGUUACCUUAUUCAUGUUAUAUUUCAAAGCAAUUAGACAAAGUAUGGAACAGAUGCCAGAAGUGUUUGCUGACCCAAAGAGGAGGAGGACAGAAGGCGUAGAAGCUGUGGGCUUUGAGUUCGGGAGGUACGUAAUGAAGGAGGUCGCUGAACACGUCACCAAAUAUUUUGACUCAAUAAUAGAACUGUAUUCCAGAACUGUAAAUAAUUUCUUCAACCACUUUAUGCACUGCAAUUCUAGGUCGAGUUUUAUAAAAUGUACUCUAAAAGGUAUCUGGGAGGAAGGAGUGGGUAUCCAGCGUCGUAUGGUUGUGCAUAUCUAUAGACAUCGCGGUUAUUUUGACUUUGAUGAUGCAACGAAAAUAGAAAUUGAGGAGCUAAUUACAAAAGAAAAGGCUAUAGAAUGUUUUGCUUAUUAUAUUCCAUGAUUCUAUAUGGGGAAUUGCAAAGAAAAUAUGGAAUAAACUGUACAAGAUAUGAUUUAUAAUCUAAAAAUAUUUAUUUGUUUUUGUUAAUAAAAAAUAUUUAUUUAUUCAUUGAAUUUUUUAUAAGAUCUACUUAUUAAAU